AUGGACGCCAGUCUUCCGAGAACUGAUCUGCAACGAUGGAGGCUCAAGAGCACUGAGGGCGUGCAUCACUGGUUUUAUCUCAGCGAGGAGCAGGCAAAAAAGCAGCAGCAAUCCGUCGCAGAGCGCUAUUUCCUUGGAUAUCCGACUGGCGCGCCCACCCUCCCAACACCGCAGUCCUUCACCGACACGGCACUCAAUGGCUACUCGUUCUUUCAGCGCCUGCAGCUCGAGGAUGGCCACUGGGGCUGCGACUAUGGAGGGCCUAGCUUCCUGCUGCCCGGGCUGGUCUUCGCAAUGUAA